AGAGACAAUAUGACAACCCACAAUAAAUCUUCAUAUUGCGAGAGUUGUAGUCGAUAUCCCUAUGUCGGCAGAGUAUCCGUAGGAGAAGAGGAUAGUGUUGACUUCACUUAUCAAUUUGUGAAGAAAAGAUUUGUUGCCGUGGACCACAGGAGUCUCAGCAUAUUCCAUACUGCCCCUGACAUAAUUGGGCCACCCAAAUUUCAAAAUUACGGACAACCAUUUCAUUUACCAAUCCCUUUUUAUGAUAUGAAGAGGAUAAAGGAUGGUACUGUUUCAAUAUCUCCGUGGCAAAACAAAGAUUUCAUGAGACCCAUUGAUGGGCUUAUACCAAGCGAUGAUGAUACGACGAGCGAAAAAAGAUUUAUUGAUAUCGAGUUUCAUGAAGCUGUAUAUCCAAUCAGAGUCUGUAUGUACGAAAUAUGUAAUCCUGGAAGCGUAAUUCAAAUUUUGGCUCAAGAUUCCAAUAAUCACUGGAUUCAGUUGUGGGAUGAAUCGUCUCAGAUUGUACUUCCGAAAUCAAGAUUAUUUUCUCCACCGUUGUCGCAUUCGUGUAACUUUAAAACCAAAAUGCUCAAACUGGUAUUUAAGAGCAGUUCGCAGGUCUCUUACACAAAGCUAGAUGCUGUAAUGCUCAUCGGUACAUCAGAAUUGAUCCUUUCUAGAAAUCCUAACGAGAGUUUAACUAAUCUGUUAAAAAGAAUUAACAGCAUGUACUAUCCAUACUAUGACGAUGUUCAUAAUUUAACAACAGAUUCAGAAAGUGCACACUUGGAUAUAGUUCAUCUGCAACAGAAUUUUCCCGAAUAUUGUAUUUGUAAAAGCGACAUAAGAAGGGUUUCUUAUAAGAAUAAUUUGAAGCACAAAAAGGUAUCUCAGAAGGUAAUCCCUGGUUAUGAGCAACCUCUUGAUCAGAGAUAUCCGCGUCGUAUUUUACUGAAAAGUAAUUCGAAUUGUGCCAAGAGAUUGAAACUCUCAUUGGAUAAAUCCAAGGAGCUAUCACGUUGCAGUUUAUCGGCGCUUCCUAAUGAAAUACUACUAAAAAUAUUAAAAAAUUUAGAUUUGACGACGUUACGCUGCAUGAGUGACGUAGAUAAACGCUUCAAAAAUUUAACAGAGGACCCUGAACUCUAUACACAUCUCACAGGAUGCAACUUUGAUGUUAAUGAUUUCGUAAACUUUCUUGAUAAUUGCGGCAAACGUUUAACGCAUUUAAGAUUAAGUGCGUUGUCGUUAAGUGGCGGCAUCGACUUAAAUCCUGUCCUACUUAAAACUUCAGAGACAUGCAAAAAUUUGAAAGAAUUGGAUCUAAGUAAUUCUGCCAUAGACGACGAAGGAUUUUCGUAUCUCGAGGGGCUAAAUAAUUUGGAACAUUUAGACAUUUCUAAUACUGGUAUAAGAACCGAACGUUUUUGCAAAAUACUGCAAAAUAAUCAACGGAUGCGUCAGUUAUCGGCAGAUAGCGACUCACUAAACGAUGCAGUUCUAAUAGAGUUGGGAAAUUCGUGUCGUGACUUGGAAGUAAUAUGUUCACUGGACGCAUGUGAUUUCACAUCUCAGGGUAUUAAUGCUCUCGCCAAAUGUAAGAAUUUACAAAAAGUGGACCUUGAGCUGUAA